UUCACUUGGGUUUGGAUCCGAGGAUUUUAUACUUUAUAGUGGACGCCAGUGAAGUUCCAACCGUUGGUGUUUGGUUCUGGUUAUUUGGUUGGGUCAGGUCGUACGACACUAGAACCUUCCAUUAACAGCAAAAGAAAAAUAAAAAUAAAAAACCCUAACGAGCUUGAUCCAGGGGGCGUCAAUGGCGGAGCACUUGGCUUCCAUCUUCGGCACCGAAAAGGACCGCGUGAACUGUCCGUUUUAUUUCAAGAUCGGUGCUUGUCGUCACGGAGAUCGAUGCUCGCGCCUCCACAAUCGCCCCACGAUCUCCCCAACGCUUCUCCUCUCCAACAUGUAUCAGCGUCCCGACAUGAUUACUCCAGGUGUAGACGCUCAAGGCCAGCCUAUUGAUCCCAGGAAGAUUCAGGAACACUUUGAGGACUUCUACGAGGAUAUCUUUGAAGAGCUCGGCAAGUUCGGCGAGAUCGAGAGUCUCAAUGUUUGUGAUAACCUGGCCGAUCACAUGAUCGGUAAUGUUUAUGUUCAGUUCAAGGAGGAGGAGCAGGCGGCCGCUGCUUUGCAAGCUUUGCAGGGGCGGUUCUACUCCGGCCGCCCUAUCAUUGCGGAUUUUUCUCCCGUUACCGACUUUCGUGAAGCAACGUGUCGCCAAUUUGAGGAGAACAAUUGCAACCGAGGGGGUUACUGUAACUUUAUGCAUGUGAAGCUUAUUGGAAGGGAUUUGAGGAGGAAGCUAUUUGGGAGGUACAGCGGAUAUGGGAGAAGUCGAAGCCGGAGCAGGAGUUUGAGUCCACGUUACCGGAGGGAUUCUGAUAGGCGAAGGAGCGGGGACCGUGGAGAUUACCGAGGAAAUGGGCGACGGAGCGGGGAUAAGCACGGGAGUGAUGGGGGUCGAAGAAGACAUGGCAGUCCCAGGCGGAGCAGGAGUCCGGUGAGAGAAGGGAGUGAGGAGCGCAGAGCGAGGAUUGAGCUGUGGAAUCGAGAAAGAGAGGAAAGGCAGUGAAGUCAUUUUUCUCGUCCUUUGUUUGGGGCUGGCUCUGGCAUUUUUCUUCUCUUAUUGGUAAUUAUUCUAGGCCCAGAUCAGAUGAUAUGUUUAUGCACCCUAAAACCUUUGAAAUGAUUUUCUUUUCCAUAUUGAUGGGGAACCUUGAGGUCGUAGUGUGAUGGUCAGAUUACUUGUAUUGGUUAAAUUAGCAUUUAGCACUGAUGGAAGGAUUUUUAGUUUGUGUCUUACAAGGGUUCUAGGCACUUCCUUUGAACCUUUACACUAUAUUUGGACCCUAUCUUGGUUUUCUCUUGUGCUGAAUAUUGAGAAUGUCUACGUUCUCUCUCUUUUGCACAAGUAAGGUUUCUUCACGACCAAUUUCUAAUCUGCCUUGAGCAAGGAUUAUUUAUUCUUGCCCAAAAAAAUAAUUAUUUUUUCUUCACGACCUAAAAUCUUUGGUUUUUUAGGUCCUGGAGGUUUUGAAAUCUUGAGAGAAUGAGGAUUGACAAGACUUAGCUGCUACUUGGUAUUUGUGGGUGCCAGGUUCUAAAGGUGUAAGCUUCUCUGUUAAUGGAACCUUCUGAUUGUGACUCUUAUGCUUUCACCUCUACUACCAUUUCCACCUUUUAUUUCCUACCAUUUCAUGCCACCACCACAGCAGGUGCUGUCACUGUCCAAACCCCCAUUGUCAUUCAUUAUUACCUUUACUACCACCGCCAUCACAUGCAUACAACCGCUGGUGCUGUAGCAGCACUGCUGGCAUUGUGUAGUGACUCUACUUUCAUCACUACUUCCAUUGCCACCACCAUCUCUGCCACUGUUGUCACCACCAUGACUGCCACCCCCAUAGCUGCCUCUGUCACCGUCUCCACUGUAUUCCACUUUUACUUCUGCCCUACAUCCACCAUUUUUCACCAAAUUAUGAAAGUGAUAUCCAAAAUACAAACCCCACCCACCAAUAAAAAAAAAAAGGAACCCUAAAAUGAUGAGAAGGGGACAUUUUAAUUUUUUUUCUACUUACAAGGGCUGCUAGGAGCAGAAAUUGUUCUUUCCUUGGUUUGUGAGGACAGAUUAGUGAAAAAGGAAAUAGGAGUGGAUAGAAGGGAAAGGUGCAGAGUUUUAGUUCCCCUUCAGACAUUGGAGGGAGCUAGAAGGGAAUGAAAUUACAACAGUUUACUGCUCUGCCUCAUUCUCUUCUAACAUUAAGAGACAAAAGCUGUUAGUCGACAUUAUUUCUUUUAGUUUCCUUUUCAGAAGACAAAUAAGGGAAAUAUAAUGUCAGCCUAUGUCUUUAAAAGUUCCAAAGUAUGUGCCUUUCAUUCCUAGUUGGAGAUUGCAUGGCCGAGGAUGUGGGCAUUUCUGUAGAACUCUUGUGUAACUGGCUGCAUGAAGUGCUAUUAGAAAAUUUUUGGAUUAUUUUGGUGAGUAGAAAUCUCUGGAUUGAUAUGAUUGCUUUAUUUGUUUCCCCAAUUGAUUCAUAGUUCAGAUGUAACUUCUAACUUCUAGAAUGAUACAUGAAAUUUAAACUAGAAAACAAAUUUUAUACCAUGCUGUUGGAAGGAUAUGUAGAAUUUUUCUCACUUUCCAUUCUGUAAUUGUCUUUUGUGAACUCUAGCUUAACUUGGAAGAUUAAAUAGAACUAUCUUACCUUGAUGAUGCAUUUUUAUAGUAGGGAAUAUGAAUUCCAGAAGCUUUCCUGGUAACUGGUUUCCUUGUCAUGGUUCAUGCUGUCCUAUAAUCUUUCUUUCAAUUCAUCGAGUUCCACCAAACUUUCUUGCUAUUCCUCCCAGUUAUACAUCUAACAGUCACAUGUCUUAUGCUGUAUUUAUAAGUAUUUUUUAGUUCCCUGAUCAAAUUUGUGUAUUAGCAGAUUUCUUUCAGUUUUCUAUCACCAUUUUAUGUAUGAGAACUUACUUACUCUUUGCUGGGCGAGUGAAGCACACAUAAGGUAUAUUGAUAUGAGCUUCAUGUCGUGAGGUUUGCAUUUCCUCAAUUACUCACACUUCAAGGUUUGAGACCAAGGACUGGAGCCUCUAAGGCCUCAAGGCAUGCACCUCAUGUAACAUUUUAAUAAGAUUUAAAAUUCUUGGAGGUUCUCAAAUAAUGUUCAAGCAAGUCAUGGGCAAGUUAGAAGUAUUAUUAUGCAGACACACAACCACACUUUGUAUUCUUACACAUGACUUGUAAAUUAUUGUGGAUGCAUGUUUUUGUAGCUUGCAAGUCCUUGUAUGCCUUUCGUACUUGCCGAUUGAAUAUUUGGCAGCUAAUUACCUAGCUUAAUGAAUAUUUUGCAGCCAUGCAAUCCAUAAACUCACUUUUUUUCUGGUGAAAAUAAAAUUAACAAAUAGAACUCCAAUUAAAAGCUUUAUGGUAAGCAUGGUGGGCAUAGAGGAGGAUAUUAUGUCUAAUUAUACGCUUUGCAGAAAGGAAAUCCCCCAUAAGGAGUGUAAGAAUAAAAGACUUUUCAUGUGUUAUUUAGGCAAUGCACCAUUUCAGGCUGCCGGAGGGUAUAGCUUUAUAUAGGAUCAUGGGGUAUUUGUAAUAUGGUGUGAUUGAGUGGCAUGAUGGUAGACUUGGAUCUGCAGUCACAAGUUCCACAGCAUGUUGUAGUUAUAGUUGGGAGUAAAACUUCACCAUGAGCGUCAGAGUAAUUUGUAGGUGUCACCUUGGGGCCUCAAGGUCAGUGCAUUGGAUGAGAAUAAUCUUGCAUUUAUAUUGCUGAUUUUAUUUUCCAUCUAGAUGGAAACCUUGUCCUUUUCUCCUGAUUACUUUUUGCGUGUGCUUUUAGGGCCUGUCUGGGAAGCCCUGAAAUCGGGUUACUGAACAUGAAGUUGGUCAGAAAACGUUCCAAGCUGUCUGGUUAGUGUAUCAACCAUGCUCCUUGGUUCUAUCACUUUAAAAUAACAGGUGGUUUGGCAGGGAAAGUGAAAUAGAUGUGCAAAUAUGUUUUUGGUUGUUUUUGUUUUGUAGGUAAUAUGCUUUUUCUUGUUCCGAGAAUCAAAUCUUGAACUUCUACAUUUCCAAUCCAACGCCUUGCCACUUGAGCCAAGCCUCAAGGUCAA